UUAAACAUCAUCUUUCUUCCUCUUCUGCGCAGCACAAAGCAACGCGAGUCGCGCCUUCGCAAAAAGCUUCCGUUCGAUUCCAGUCGGCAAAGAGUUCCGUCGCGGUUGCCGAGCAUGGCGGAGGUGGUGCAGCAGGAGGAGGAGGCGGCGGCGGUGGCGAUCCCCUACAAGAACCUCCACAGCAGAGAGUACCAAGGUCACAAGAAGAAGGUGCAUUCGGUGGCCUGGAACUGCGCGGGGACGAAGCUCGCGUCCGGCUCCGUCGAUCAGACGGCUCGGGUCUGGCACAUCGAGCCUCACGGUCACGGUAAGGUUAAAGAUGUUGAAUUGAAAGGGCACACUGACAGCGUGGAUCAGCUAUGUUGGGAUCCGAAGCAUUCGGAUUUAAUUGCAACAGCAUCAGGUGACAAGACUGUGCGGCUGUGGGAUGCGCGAAGUGGAAAAUGCUCACAGCAAGCAGAACUUAGUGGGGAAAACAUCAACAUAACCUACAAACCUGAUGGAACGCACGUGGCAGUUGGCAAUAGGGAUGAUGAGCUAACGAUUUUGGAUGUUCGGAAGUUUAAGCCAAUUCACAAGCGGAAGUUCAAUUAUGAGGUAAAUGAAAUAGCAUGGAACAUGUCAGGAGAGAUGUUCUUUUUGACGACAGGAAAUGGUACUGUGGAAGUAUUAGCAUACCCAUCCCUUCGACCUAUUGACACCCUUAUGGCUCACACUGCCGGGUGCUAUUGUAUUGCAAUUGACCCAGUCGGAAGGUAUUUUGCUGUCGGAAGUGCAGAUUCCUUAGUGAGCCUGUGGGAUAUCUCUGAGAUGCUCUGUGUGAGGACUUUUACGAAACUUGAAUGGCCUGUAAGGACGAUAAGCUUCAAUCAUACUGGAGACUACAUUGCUUCUGCCAGUGAAGAUCUGUUCAUUGACAUUUCAAAUGUUCAAACCGGACGGACAGUGCACCAAAUUCCAUGUCGAGCUGCAAUGAACAGUGUGGAAUGGAAUCCUAAAUACAAUUUACUUGCAUAUGCUGGGGAUGACAAAAACAAGUAUCAGGCAGAUGAAGGUGUUUUCCGGAUAUUUGGAUUUGAGAGUGCAUGAGAUUCCAGAGCACUUUUUGUAGGGGUGAAAUGAUUUUAAGCACAAAAGUUUCCAAUCUUGUGUUCGCUUAGGAUUUUGUGUACACAUAUUCAAAAAUCUCUCAUGUAUGGCACAGAUGGAGUUGUUUGUACGUCUUGUUUAUAAAGGAAGAGCGUGUUCUUUCUUUGAUCUUACUAAGAACUUAUAUUCUUCUUCAGAAAGGUUUUUUAUAUGGAGGUGGGGUUUUACGUUAAAUUCAUCGGAACAGGUUAGGCCAUCGAGUCAUAGAAUUGUUGCAGAAACUCGGAAAGAAAUGUUAUUCAACGCGAUACAGCUCUUCGGCCCUAAAAUGAAAUAUUUUGAUACAGCUCGUGUAAAUAAGCACACAGGCAGUGUUGCUUCGAAUCAUUCUCGCCAUUGGGAUCUCGAUCUUCAAAAGCCCU